AUGAAGUUGAAAGGAGAUGAGUAUCUGCCAAAAGAAUGUUUUAUCACAAAGCUUAGAAUAGAGACCAAAAGGGUACUACGAGAGCUGAUAUUUUUAAACUUUUUGGAGAAGAAAUACAGUCCAUAUCUUCAUCUUUUUGUUAUUUUAUAUCUUAUAAUAAUAAGUACAAUAAAACAUAGCGAGUGGAGAGGGAUCAGAGUAGUUAAACAAUUAAUGUCCAAAACAAAGGAGCAGAAGAAGCGUAGGAAAGGCGCAGAUGUCGUCGAUAAAAUUCAUCUACGAGAUCUUCCCAAGAUUUGGAAUUUGUCCACUUGUAUUGCCACUCAAUGUUAA